AUGGAAAUUGACUUUGAAAUUGAAUUUUCGCAUGCAUUUGUACUGAACUUGCUUAUCUUGCUAGCAUACUAUCUUACUGGCUUGUUUUUCGUGUACAAAGAAUUAGCAAGAGUCAAUGGGUCAAUGGGUCAAUGGGUCAAUGGGUCAAUGGGUCAAUGGGUCAAUGGGUCAAUGGGUCAAUGGGUCAAUGGGUCAAUGGCUAAUGGGUCAAUGGCUAAUGGGUCAAUAACUCCUCUGUGCAGUCAAUUGCUCCUUUAG